AUCAUCUGGGAGGAGGAGGAGGCUGCGCCGGGCUUCCUCGCCGGUUACAGCUCAGGAAGAUGCGACCGAGCUGAAACCCUUCAGACCCCCCAGACAGGUGCACAGCUCCUCUCACCGCAGGAAGGAGCGGAAACAGCGGGGAGGAGAAGAAGAGGGAGCUCGGCGCAGGGUCAGAUGUUCAUCCGGAUGGUGCUGAGGCUAAUCCCGUCAGAGCAAACAGGGCGGAUGCUGUGAGGGAAUACCCGACACAUUCAUCAGCAGCGGCCCGACACUUGACUUUACACUUACCCUUCUUUAAAGGCGACUCCAACCAGCGUCUGCUGUCAUCUUCAUCCUCGGUGAAAGUGAAUGAGAGGAGAUCCAAAGGAGGGAAGGAGAAGGAAGGCAGCCUCCACCACCACCACCAUCACCACCACCGCCGCCGCCGCUGUGGGAGAGAGGAGACUGAGGAGAAGCGGUGCGAGGAGGAUGCAGACCAGGCCGGACGACAUGGCCACGGAGGAGGCCGCAGACGGAGAGCUGGAGGCGGCUGCAGAGGCGACAGAGGUGGGGUCCGUGACACAGCAGGAGCAGGCCUUUGACGACGAGAUGGAGAGGCUGCUGGAGGAAAAUGAAGAUCUCAAGUGUGAGAUCGAAGAGAUGAGGACCGAGAUGGACGAGAUGAGAGACACUUUCUACGAGGAAGACACUUGUCAGCUGCAGGAGAUGAGGCGUGAGCUAGAGAGAGCCAAUAAAAACUGCCGGAUCCUGCAGUAUCGCCUGAGGAAGGCUGAGAGGAAGAGGCUGCGCUACGCCCAGACAGGAGAGAUUGAUGAGGAGCUGCUCAGGAGUCUGGAGCAGGAUUUGAAGGUAGCGAAGGAUGUGUCGGUGAGGCUGCACCACGAGCUGGAAAAGGUGGAGGAGAAACGCACAAAGACGGAAGAGGAGAAUGAAAAACUGAGGCAGAAACUCAUAGAGGUGGAAGUGACCAAACAAGCUCUGCAGAACGAACUAGACAAAUCCAAAGAGUCACAGAAGAGAAGAGGAAGUAAAGACAUCCAGAAGACAGACAAGAGAACAGCACAGACUCCUACUGAGGAGGACAAUGAGGACCUCAAGUGCCAGCUAGCAUUCAUCAAAGAGGAGGCCAUGCUCAUGAGGAAGAAGACGGCCAAGAUUGACAAAGAGAAGGACCGACUAGAGCAAGAGCUGCAGAAGUACCGGUCCUUCUAUGGAGAACUGGACAGCACCCAUCCUAAAGGAGAGGCCGGAGGGCCACCCACCACCCGCGAGUCAGAGUUGAAACUACGGCUCCGCCUGGUGGAGGAGGAGGCCAACAUCCUGGGGAGGAAGAUAGUUGAGCUGGAGGUUGAGAACCGAGGCCUGAGGGCUGAGCUCGAUGACCUCCGCGGCGAGGCCGAAGGAGCCGGGAGCUCCAGCAGCGGAGCGACGGGCGGGUCGGGCACAGGACGAGGCCUGGGCGACGAUCUGACCGAGCUUCGACAGCAGCUACAGCUGGUGGAGGACGAGGCGGAGCUGCUGAGGAGGAACCUCGCCGACGUCGAGGAGCAGAACAAGAGGGUGACGGCGGAGCUGAACAAGUUACGCUUCAAAGCGGGAACUCACGAGGGAGGCGGCAGGCAUGGAGGUGCAGGCGUCGACGGAGCCAAGACGGAGGCUCUGCAGGAGGAGCUGAAGGCAGCAAGAUUGCAGAUUAAUGACCUGAGUGGAAAGGUGAUGCAGCUGCAGUACGAGAACCGUGUGCUCCUCUCCAACAUGCAGCGUUAUGACCUGGCCUCCCAUCUCUCCCUGCGGCCCAGCCCGCGGGACAGCGACGCAGAGAGCGACGCGGGCGGCGCCACAAGCGGCCGGCGCGAGAGCGACGAAGACUCCUCCUCCUCCCGCCUUCUUCCUCCUCACCGCAAGCGCGAGGGCCCUGUGGGUGGAGAAAGUGACUCAGAGGAGGUCAGAAAUAACAACGGCAGCGGCCAUUGCCUGACGCCCACACGGGGUCUCUACACCCCCACGGGGCCCGAGGGCGCCGCCUCCUUUGCCCUGGCCCACUUCCUGCCCAGUGGCCGGUGCAGCGUGCGAGAGAGGCAGCAAAUGGUUGACAUCCGCAUGGAAGCAGAGAGGCUUGUGCGCACCGUUGACCGCCUCAUCGCCGACACGGCCACCAUCAUCUCCGAGGCGAGGGUCUACGUUUCUAAUGGCGACCUGAUGCUCGUGAGAGCAGGGGAGGAGGGGGGAGAGGAUGACGGGGGCAGGGUCAGAGAACACGAGCUGCUCUAUCGCAUCAACGCCCAGAUGAAGGCCUUCAGGAAGGAGCUGCAAGCAUUCAUAGAGAAACUGGAAGUGCCAAAGCUGGACGACAGAGACGCAGAGGAGCCGCUGUCGAUGUUCCAGCCCAUCAUUCUGCUCAUCCUCAUACUCGUGCUAUUCUCAUCCCUCUCCUAUGCCACCAUCUUUAAACUAGUCUUUCUCUUCACUCUCUUCUUCGUUCUGUGACGCACACAUCCAUCAUUUGCAUAAACCCUCCGUUUGUUUGUUGUUUGCUCCGUUGAUUUCCUUUAUUGCCCUCAUUAUUUGUUGCCAAGGUAACCAAAAGCACAGAACGAAAAAUACUCAGCACUUGCCUCAGCCGCAGGUUCAACACUGGAGACUCCAUUACCCAUAUCCCAUUGCUGUCAGCAUCCGUCCCUUGAGGAGGUAAUUAUAGCCAGGAUGCUGGUGACGACAGUUGCCCCCAUGGAGACUUCAAAUGAUGGAAUAAAUUUGAUCCGGGCUCCAAUGGCGCACCCCCGAGUAAACACUGGGGAGCGGUAUAAAGGCGCGGGUACCCCGUCUGGAACAGAAGUUGUUUACCCUUUAGCCCAACGCUCCUGACUUAACCUCGACAGGCCGAGGAGUGACGAAGGACAAGGGGGCACUUUAAAAAAGAUUUACGUAACACGGCAGAGGACAGAGCGAGAGGGGAUUUAACGAUCUGCCGCCUGGAGGAGCGGAUGUGUUGGAGAGGCCAGAGCGCACAGCAGCAAGUAGACAAGGCUGAGGAUUUAAAACAGGAGAGCAGAGGAAAAACGUGUUUGUAGGAUAAGUGUUUCAAGGUCAUCGACCCUUUCCGUCGCUCACUGCUAACCCCGCCGUGACCUCUGACUGAGCCGUCAAACAAGAGGAAAGGGGAAAUUGCCUUUCAAACAGGCCUCCGGACAUUCAGCAGC